AUGGCUUCUGAGUUCGACGCCGCCUACAUCCAGGAGGCAUCGGAAGGUCGCCGUACCACCAGCACAGUCUUGUCCUUGACAACCGGGACCGGCUACAGCGUGUACAAAUCCACAAUCAUACCCGCGAUCAAAAGGGCGGAACGAGAAGUCAUACUUGUAACUUGCUUUUGGGCGGCGUCAGUCACACGAGAUCUUAUUAAUGAGGCUCUGGUAUAUUUGUCUCAGAAAGCCCUAUCUUCCUCCAAGAAGAUAUCAGUACGGAUAUGUUUCUCUUCUGCGUCCCUGGCGCGGAAUAUGCUCCUACCGACACCGAAGGAGGGCGAACAGUAUCCAUCCUCGUCGUGGAGGAAGAUAGGUCUGCCGCGCCCAGAAGAGCUCAAAGGUCUCACCCUGCGGGUCAGCCGCAAGUUUUUCUGGCCAUUCGGGAUCAUCCACUCCAAGUAUGUUGUGGUGGACAGGAAGUUUGCCAUAUUCCCGUCCUGCAAUGUCUCAUGGGAGCGGUGGUAUGAGGUGGCUGUCUUGUGUAGCGGUCCCAUAGUGGAUCAAUUAUUAUCGUUUCACGGCCAGUUUUGGGACAAUGGACGGUCCUUGGCAGCAGCCUCUGAACGUGCCGCAAGCAAGAACCUACUGCUACAUCUACUUCUACUGGUUAUGGUGGUGCUGGUCACUGCCGGUACGACUACUCCCGCAUCCAUCCAGAGACUCAGAAGACGGGCGGAACAGAUGGAUAGCGAUAGUCUUCUGCAGGUGUCGUACUUCGACAGUGACGAUGGCCGGGGUACGCAACACCCUGUCUUGCGCGAGAUUGAGCAGUACCGAGACACAGUCCCCGUCAAGCUGCAUGCGAAGGUGACGAUAGUGGACGGCGAGAUGAUACUGUUAGGAAGUGGUAACAUGGAUGCUGCGAGCUGGAAAACGAGCCAAGAGCUCGGAAUCCUGAUUGAGAGUCGUGCCGUGGUCGACGAAUUCAUGAAAUUGUGGACGUACGAAAAGUUUGGAGUGUGA